AUGGUUAUAAAGAACAAUAUAGAAAAAACCCUAAAAGACUUGGAAACUAGAAUAAUGGAUCUAGAGAAAAAUAAUGAAGGCUUACGUUUACAAUUCGAAUAUUUAGAAGAAAAGGUUAGAGAUCAAGAAGAAGAGACCAAAGCUAAACAAGAAACUAUUAAUCAUUUAGAAGAAAAGUUUAGGGAACGAGAAGAAUUCAAUCAAGAAAUUAUUAAUAAAUUAGAAGGAAGGAUCAGUUAUCCUGAAAUUGGUGAAGUUUUUAUUGGUAAAUUACCUAAAAAUAAGAUAAUUUUAACAAAGAAUACAGAUGAAGACGAUUGA